CCUUCCCAGCAGUUAGUAAUAUUGCAACUUGAGGGAGUCAGUGCAUCACUCAUAUUCUCAUUCUCAUAACAAUCCGAAAUUACCUCCUGAGAGGUGUAAUAUGAGGGCUCGAUCGAUUCUCGUAAUUUUUUUUUUUUUUUUUUUCGUUGACGGGAGCGACAAUUUUUUGUCAGCUGUUUCACACACCUGUUGUUAUUAUGUAUAGACGUAUGCAUCUAUCUGUGUUGGAAAGCUAGGCAAAUUUAACGUCCACCGAACGGAGGUAAAGAAGAAGAAGAAGAGCAUGCCUCACCCUCCUUCUUGCGCUAAGCCCAUUAGCCUCAGUGGCUAACGGCCAUUGCUCUGAGGUGGAAGAAGAAGAAGAAGCCCAUUAUCUCAUACUCCUGGCCAAUCGCCCUGUGUGGCUAAGGGCCAUUUCCUUUGUGGCUGAAGAAGUAGAUGAAGCCCAUUGGGGCAACGGCCGUCAAGUCUCAUACAUCGCGCGUGAACAAGAUAUCCAAAGCAUCAAACCUUCAUUGAACCAUCUCUGUAAUAUCAACGUCAUGAAUCACGACGAAAGCACGACACAGCGCUCCACACAACGCUCCACACAACGCUCCACACCGCUAGACAUCGCCGACAGCGUCGUGAAUACCCUCGAUCCCACUUCACCACUGGAACCACCGCUGGAACCGCCGCCCGGGUUCCGCUAUCGGGUCGUCCAAGUUCCACUACACGAAGCUAUGACUAUGCCGGAGCUUGCCGACCAACUCAAAGUGGAUAACGACGCCUAUGGAGAUGGAACACCGUACCACGAUGAGCUGUUACAUUCGCAUGAGGGCGAGUUAAGCCCGGACUUCCAUCCUACUACUUCUGAGAAGCAAAGUAAGUCGGGAUCAUCCGACACUAGUGACGUACACCGGGAAGCUGCUCGUCUGCGGCAAGCCAUUGCGGACCUAAACGAAGAUAACAAGUCUUCCGUCUACCUCAUGGGUGGCAUGGUUCCUAUAGUAAUUGUCCUCAUCUUGGCCAUUCCAGCCGCUUACCUUCUCAGCCACACCAACGUGACUUACGAAAAGGUCUGCACACAACUGAGCUGUAGAAAUGACGGUGAGCGAUUCAAGGCUAUCGUGGACGCAGCGCCUGUAGUGCCUUGUAGGAACUUUUACACACACGUCUGUAGCUUAUGGAUGGAGCAGACCGUCUUGCCGGACUUCGCUUACAAGUACUCGUACGACGAUCAGAUGGACUUGAGGAAUGAAUAUGUACUGGCCACGCAGCUAUCACGAAGAUUCGAAGCGAUGCGGAACCGCUCGUCAGACAGUCUUCACCCACUGAACGUCAUUGCUGAUAUUUAUGGCUACUGUAAUGACACUUCUCACGCGCAUCAGGGCAAAAUCCGCGAGACACUGCGUUCCAUAAUAUAUGGUGUGGCCACACCUCGCAGUUCAGUCACUCAAGCAAUGGCUCGGGUAGCCAUUCGCUACGCCAUUGAACCCGUAUUCAAGUUCAGGUUGCGCUCCUCCAUCAAGGGAGCUCGGUUCGAGUUCGACAGGCCUUCUUUAAUCAUAAAUCCUGCGAACUACAUGACGCGUGAGUUCAAAGUACGUCCCGCAGACACCAGACUUCUGCACGGAGCUGUGAAGGAGGCCCUAGAGUUCAUCCGGGUUCCUAAUAGUGACCAGAAAGCGGGGCUCGUAGCGCAGAUCGUCAACGAAAUCGGAAAGCGUGCCAUUAGGGAAGACCUGAACUCAGUGGCCCAUGAACAUGGCCUCUAUGCCUUCCAUAGCUUGGGAGAGAGUGACCUGAUUGACUGGCGCGAGUACAUUUCUGAAAUCGUCGGUACCGGCAUAGCCCUGCACGAGAAUACGACCGUCCGCAUCCGAAACGACUGGUACUUCCAGAACAUCACCACGUUCAUAGAAGACACUGCCAUUUCGUCCGAAAACCUCCUUUGCUACAUCAAGUUCCUCCUGGUUCUACGCUUCUCUCCACUCUUACCGAGGCUGGGAAGAGUGUCCGAAGUGCGAUGGCGCUUUGCCGAACGCUUCAAGAGGGAACCUAGGCAGUGGACUGCGUGUCUUCGCUUCGUCGAUACCGUCAUGCCAAAGGCGCUGUCCUGGCUUCUUUACAAGUUCAAUACGCGGGAACUGAAAGGCAGUCAGAUACUCUCCCUCUACCUGACCCACGUGCGCAUCUUGCAGGAUCUGGUCGACACCAUUGACAUCUUUACUGGCAAUAAUAUAAACAUGCCAGCUCCUGCGCGUCUUGUUGCUCACAGUAAGCUGACGAAGCUGAAGAAAGUGCUGUUCUUCCCAUUUGACCGCACGGAGAGCGACAUAGUUAAAAUGUACAAACGAACCAGACCCGUUUCUAGGUUUGACCCUCUUGAGGCAGCAGCAGAUAUGCUACGACAGGACACAGCGCUCCAUUACAAUGUGCAGGCGUUCCUUCAAGGCAAAUCGUCGUUUCUGUUCCGGGAGUACUCCCUCUCCAGAGAGUGUAAAUACGUUCACGCAGAAAACUCGCUUUAUAUACCUCACUCGCUAUUUACUGGAGCAUCGUACAUCGAAGGAGUGAAGAACAUCGUCUUUUUGGCAAAAAUGGCGUUCAUAGUGGGCCGUUGCAUAGCUAGAAUGUUCGACAGAGAAGGUACUCUCAUAGAUGAUCAAAUAGAGUACGUUGACUGGCUAGGCGCGUACGGCCGGCAACGAUACGUGGAGAUGGAUCAGUGCGUCGUACAGCUUUAUAACAUAACCGAGAAGAAGGAUCAGUUCAGCUCCAGAAGCACUUUGGACGAGGACCUGGCGGACCUGUUCUCUGUCCCGCCGGCUUACCACUUCUUUCGCAGAAAAGUAUCGGAAGUGGCCUAUCCGAGGCUCGAAUAUCGCCUUCCUGGCUUUGAAGAGCUGAGCUCUAACAGAAUAUUUUUCUACUCCGUCGGAGAGGCGCUCUGCGAGACUGAAUCCCCCAAAGCGAAUAAGCUCCAGCUCGACUUCAGCGCCCGCCCGCCGAAUCGAGUACGACUAAAUACGAUGCUGAAGAAUUUUCCAGACUUUGGAAAAAUAUUUAGAUGUCGGGAGGAAUCACCAAUGCGAUUGGACAAAAAUCAAAUAUGCGACGUCUGGCCGAGACCAGAAAAGAAACUUAUUGAACCUAUUGACGUCUAUUCCAGGGAUGCAAGAGAUAAAGUAGUCAUGGCAUAGUUUACUGCUUGGCCAUCUUUUGUAUACCCGUGGUGGAUGCAUAAAGGAUAAGAAUGAUCGUGAUUAUAAUAAAACUGCUCUUUGCAUCUACAGUGAAAGAGCAGAGGUACUGUC